CGUUCUCCGAGUUUAAACUUCGACCAGGCCAGAACUUAGGAUAUAUUCAGCGUUGAGCGAAGUCUGUUUAGUCCUUCUGGCUACGAAUGAUAGUUUUUGUGACUUAAAUCGUUAGAUAUAUUCAACAAUACAACGCUUUGGUGAUGUUCACUUUGUUGGAUUUGUAGAUUAAAUUUAACGUGUGAUAUCUCAGUAUUUUUGGAUCUUAUGUCAGUCUACAGUUCGUGCACUUUUUAUAUUCGGUGUCUGAAAACGAUUGAAAUAUUCGUAGCAUAAACGUAACGGUAAUAACUUUGAUGCAUUGAGAAAUGAAGCUAUUUCCGGUUUUGAUAUAUGCAGAAAUGAGAAUAUCUGUCGGUCGUGAUUAUGAUGUAGUGACCUUUCGUCUUGACCGAAAGUGAAAGUGAAGUCUUCUCUAGACACCAUGAUAGCACGAGUGGCCGCCAUCUUGUCUAUUGUUGGGGUAUUGACGACGCUCUGGGAUCCAAGUGGCGCUGUCCUCAGAGAUUAUCGUUUUCUAUCGAAAAACAUCACAUCAACACUCGAUCAACUUCUAAACAAGAGUCGAUACGACAAAGGAAUUAGGCCAGAUUUUGGUGGGUCUCCUGUGACUAUCAGAGUAAACAUGCACAUAAAGAGCAUGGGCUCUGUAUCGGAAACAGAUCAGGAAUACGUGAUGGACUGCUACUUCAGGCAGUCCUGGUAUGACCGGAGGCUGGGGUUCAGCUUCCCGGGUCUCGACGAGUUCUCCCUGUCAUGGCUAUUCCUAGAUCGCGUCUGGAAACCGGACACUUUCUUCUUAAACGGCAAGAAAUCCCAUUUGCACCGCAUCACUGUUCCCAACAAGUUCCUGCGCCUGCGCAACGAUGGGUUUCUCACGUACUCCAUGAGGCUGACGAUAAAAGCCAGUUGUCCCAUGCACCUGAGAAAGUUUCCGCUUGACUCCCAGAGCUGUCCCCUUCUUAUUGGCAGCUACGGGUAUCGAACUAAUGACCUGGUUUACGAGUGGGACAAAGUGCGGCCUGUCGUAGUGGAGGACAACGUGGAGCUGUCCCAGUACAAGCUGGUCAACAUAACCACUGAGCAUGUCGGCAAGUUCGUAAGAGAGACAGACGAGUACUCGGUGAUCAAGGCGGAGUUCCACCUGCGGCGCAACAUCGGCUAUUUCGUGCUGCAGCUGUACGUGCCCUGCGGGCUCAUCGUCUCCUGCUCCUGGGUCAGCUUCUGGAUAGACCCUGCCGCCGUGCCUGCCAGAGUGCAGUUAGGGGUGACCACGGUGCUGUCUAUGACCACGAUAGGGUUCGGCGGCCGCGCCCAGAUGCCGCGCGUGUCCUACGCGACGGCGCUGGACUCCUUUGUCAUCAUCUGCUUCUCAUUUGUGUUCGCCGUGAUGAUAGAGUACGCGGCCAUCAACUUCUUUGACAAGAUCGUGGGGGACAUGAAGAAACUGCUGCAGGAGCGCGGCGCCAGGAAGAAGACACUCGCAGAUCCUGCCAAUCUGAACGCUGAACAGCCCAGGUCCGUGUCAAUGCUGAACAUAUCUUCACCGUCAAGCCAAGACUACAGUGAGGUGACUGGCGACCUGGACGCCCACUUGAAAGUUCCAGGCUUAGAGGAGCGUCGCAAGUCCCUCGUCUCCCUGGCAGCGCCGCUGGUGGAUUCACUGAAACGGAACAUCCAACGGCGCAAGUCAGAGAUCAGCCUCCACCUGCCGUCACUUCCGAUCCUUUCCCAGCGCAGGAAGUCGGAGGCAAGCCUGGCGAAACCCCCGAUACCUCUCAUAACUGUGACCGGCAAUGAGGACGAUCCGGAGAGGCCAGUCGAGGAGGAAUGUGUGAGAGAGGAGAUACAACGGAAGCGCCACGUUCCUGAAGAUGAGGUCGUCGAUAUUUCCGGCGAUGAGGUGUUUGAAGAUGUUGGUGAUCAAACAGACGAGAAUAAAUACGAAGAAGGCAAGUGUUUGAGGCAUGUAAAUGCAGCCAUGAAUAUCCUAGGAAAAUUUGUAAUGAAGCCGUGGAAAUCAUGGAAAGAAGCCAAGAUUGCGCCUAGAGAAGAAGACGUAUAUAGAAUGAUAGUAACAGGAGAGACGCCAAAUAAGUUCUCAAGAAUUGAUAUAGAGUCCAGGAAAUAUUUCCCCAUAGCCUUCUGUAUUUUAAUAUCUAGUUACUGGGUAGCCUACAUGUAUUAUAUCACGGACGAGUUUCCUGUGAAGGAGUACUGAAGAAUAAAUGCCACAGUGAGCAUCAAUCAACUGCCUUCUUUUCCUGUGACAGCAAUAAACUAUCAUAGAAAUCUGUGUUAUAGUUAUAUAAUGAUAGUCAACUGUCUUAGUCUGCAUAACAAUCUUAAAGUAAUGUCUAACCCUGUCAUUGGGCCAUGCCAUAACCCAGGCGGUUAGUCGCCGGCUCC